AUGGCGAAAGAAGAGGAGGACCGAGACCCUCAGUACGAGGAGGGCGACCCGAGCGGGAGCGGCGGCGGCUCCGGCGGCUCCGGCGGCGAGGGCGGCGGGAGCGGAGGAGACAAGGAGGCGUCCGACGGCGAUGACAGCAACGGCAUGGACCAGGAGCGCGAGAACUCCGCGACCCGCUACUCCGGCUCGCAUCGCGAGGGCCACGACGACCACGGCCGCGGGUCGCGCGGAGCCUCCCCCGACGAGAUCGGCCAGGACGCGAGAUCGACGAAGAAGGACCCCUCCGAGGGUGACGACGAAGAGCUCGGCGUGGACGAGGAGAUGGUGGACGUCGACGGCGUCGACGGAAGCGACGAGGGGUCCGACGCGAUGCACAAGGAGACGCCCGUGAACCGAGCGGAUCAGCCCAACGCGAACGCCCCCCCCCGGUUCGACUUUCACGAUUUCCCGAGGAAGACCAACCAGGCGGACGUGGCCAACGCGGCGGUCACCGCGGAGGUGCGAGAGAGCCGCCGGACGCACGCGGCGGCGAUUCGCGCGCACGCCGAGGUGACGGCGAGCGCGUCGGCGGCGGGCGGCGGCGACAAGACGUCGUCAAAACCCGCUCACGCUCUCACGGGCUCGGCGCAGACGACGCAGGGCGAGGGCCGGAUGAGCGAGGCGCACAAGACGGAUACUACGGAUAAGAAGACGGCGGAUAAGAAGACUUCCGUGAAGGUGGAGGACGGCUUCGCGGUUCCCCCGCCGCCGUCGUCCACGGUGAGGGGAGCCGGCGGGUUGCCGGUGAUGCCGCCGCCGCACGCGCCGCAGGAACCCGUCAGGGUCUCCGGCCACCCGCGGGUCUUCGGCGCCGCGCACCGGAGCAUAUUCCUCGCGGGAGGCGGCGUCGUCGGGCACAACAUCCCGAUGAGGCACGCGGGGAAAGGUCCGCCAACCCCCGCGGCUUCCGCCGGCGGGAACAACAAGGCGGCGCUCGAGCACUACAUCCGAAGCGGGAAACAGGUGGAGUCGGUGCUCGGCGCGCGUCCGUCCCCGUCCUCCCUCGCGUCCCUGACCUGCGGCUUCGAGUACCUCGUCAAGUGGCAGAAGCAGUCGCACGUGCACUGCACGUGGAUCGAGGAGGACCUGCUCGAUCAACUCGCGCCCGCCGCGCUCGGCGAGUACCUGCUGCAGCACGGCCGCGGGCCACUCAUGCUCAUGGACCAGAACUGGACGCGACCGCAGCGCGUCGUCGCCGUGCACCAGCGCGUCGGCGGCGGUGGAGGAGGAGGAGGCGGCGGCGGCGGCGGCGGCGGCGGUGGCGGAGGAGGAGGAGGCGGCGGCGGAGGAGGAGGAGGAGGCUCCAACGGCGGCUCCGGCGGUGGCGUGCCCGACGCGGGUCCCGGCCGCGGGGGCCAAGGCGCCGCGCUCGCGACGGGCCGCCCGGGAUCCGCGACCGACUCCGGCGACGGCGCCCGCGUCCCCUCGCCCGACGCGCGAGGGCCGGGGAGCGACGGCCCCGGAAGCGGUGGGUCCGGCGACGGCGGGACCGGAGGAGGAGGAGGCGGCGGCGGAACAAACUCCGGAAGCGGCGGUUCCGACUCGGGAUCGGACCCGAAGACCAGGGUGCUCGUCAAGUGGUGGGGGCUCCCGUACGACGCGUGCACGUGGGAGCACGUCGAGGUCCACCCCGAUUUGCCCGACAUGCUGCACAGGUAUCGCGAGUGGUCCGCGAACUCGCUCGCGGCGUCCAAGGACCUGACCGAGAACGGAUCCACCGCGGCGGCGAGGGCCAUCGCGGCGGCGAAGAAGCACAACCAGAAGCGAGCCGGUUCGGGCUUCGGCGGCUCGGGCUCCGGCUCGGGCUUCGGCGAGGGCUCCGGCGGAGGCUCCGGCGAUGGAUCUGGGAAGGGGAGCGCGCAGGGGGUUAACUCCGGUUCGGGCGAAGGGUCCGACGGCGGCGAGGGCGACGGCGCGAAGAAGGACUCGGGCAGCGGGAGCGGCAACAAGGACGGCAGCUCCGGCUCCGACACCGACGACAAGGGCGUCGGCGAGAAAACCUCGGACAGGGGCUCCGGGGACAACCGCGAGCCGAUGGACCUGGACAGUGGGCACGGUAAGACGGGGCAGAACGGCCCUCCCGACGGUGAACUCGACGUCGCCGUCGCGAACCAGCGGCGGAGGCAUCGGCACGGGACGACGGCUUCCUCCGCCGAUCCAGCGGUUCGCUGGCUCAUCGCCGCGUGGAUGCACCGCGAGGGCGUCGUCAUGACCAUCCCGGCCGCGCCCUUCGAGCCCCCGUCGCUGCUCGCCAGCCUCACCGCCGCCGCGCGGGAGGACGUGGACAGGCCGGGUAUGCUGGCCAGGCGGAGAGCGGCGGCCAUCGGCAUGUUAGCCGCGCAGCACACGGAUUUUGGCGCUCGAAACGCCCCCGCGUUGGUGAUCGUCCCCGCGGUUGUCAUCUCGGAGUGGACCGCGGACUUCCAGAGGUACGCGCCGGAGCUCAACGUCGUCGAGUACUGCGGCAGCGCCGUGUCGAGGCAGGUUGUUCAGGAGCACGAGUGGUCGCACAGGCGAGCGGUUAGGCUUCGGAGGCCGAGCUUCAACAAGGGUUCCAUCGGUAAGCCCAAGGAGAUGACGCCCGUGAGCGCCAGCGGCGGCAGCGGCGAGGGCGGUAACGGCAACUCGGGCAGCGGCGACGCGACGAACACGGCGCAGAUGACGGCGCAGGGCGGUCGCGCUCGCGAGCUGAGAGUCCUGGGCUCGGGCUCGGGCUCGGGCUCGGGUGACCACGCCGCCACCGGCGCCGGCCCGGGCGGCUCGGGGGGAUCCGGCAGCGGGAACGGCAGCGACGGCGCCAAGGAGCCCACCGGGAGCGGAAGCGGCGGCGAGCUCGGAGGUAGCGCCAACGGGGCCGCGGGAGGAAGCGGGUCCGGUGGUGUCGGCAAGGGCGGCAGCAACCGAGACGCCUCGCCGAGCGGCGCCGGUAACGGCUCGGGCAACGGCUCGGGCAACGGAUCCGGUAACGCGUCCGAAGAAGGCAAACGAACCGGCUCGGGUUCCGGAAACGACCCGAACGUCAUGGUGGACGGAAGGAACACGAGCGGCGGCGGCGGAAGCGGCGGCGGCGGAAGCGACCCGUCGUCCACCGCCGCGGCGGCGGCCGCCGCGGUGGCGGCGGCGAGGCGCCCAAAGUUCCACGUGCUCAUAGCGACGCACGACGCGGCGUCCCAGGACCUCCUCCUUCUUCGACAGGUGGCGUGGGAGACGUUGAUCCUCGUCGAGGACGUCGACUCGCACAGGAGCGUCACCAUGUCCAUGUUGCCCCGCGUGGGUACGCUGCAGUCCGCCAACCGCGUCUUGAUGCUCAACGGUCCGAUACCGCGGACCAUCGGCGAGACGCUCACGAUUAUGGACUUUAUCAAGCAGUCGCCCGAGGGCAUGAUGGCGCUGGAGCGGCACCUACUCGGGCUCGAGGACGCCAUGGCUCUGCAGGAGGCCACCUCGAUCCUGGAACAGGUCACGCUGGACCUCACCCUGGUGCUCAAGAGGGAGCCGAAGCACGCACCCGAGGAGGCGAAGCAUGCUGCACCCGACGCCGCGGAGGUUCCGCCUCGACUCGCCGGGUUCGACGUUCGAGCCGCCGCCGCCGCUAACUUGGGAUCCAACGUCCAGCCGAUGGUCCGCGGGAUCAACGUCCCGCCCUUCAUCGCCGCGACGACACCCUCGGGACACGCGGCGGCGCACGGCUUGAAGCGCCAAGGGAGCGGCGUCGAGGACGCGCGCCCGACAAAGAGGCCCGGAGUGAGUCACGCGCCGCCCGUCGCCCCGCCGCCGGUUGGCGUCAACGUCAACGUCGGUUUCCCAAACCCGCUCGCGGGCUUCGCGGGUCUGAACAUUCCACCCGGGUUCCCGCCGCCGGUUCCCGAGGCGCAGGCGCGGAACGUGUCCGACGAGGGGAUCCAACGGGCGGCGCAGGUGGCGUCCGCGGCUGCCGCUCAGGCUGCCGCGGCGGGCGCUCCGCCGCAGAUGCAGAUCAUCCAGGCGCUCAUGACCACCAUGCACCAGGACCCGGCGGCGGCGACGGCGAUGAUCCAGCGGAUGCAGCAGAUGAUGCUGCCGGUCGCGGCUCAUCACGGCGUAUCGCCGGAGCAGCUGGCGCACGCGCAGGGUGCGCUCCUGCAGCAGAUGUUUCACAACGCCACGCAGGCGGGGUUGCCCUCUAACCCCUUCGCGGCGUUCCCGGAAAUGCCGCCGGCUGCGGGGCUGGCGCAGAACCCGAUGGCCGCCGCGAUGGCCGCGGCGGCGGUGGCGGCGGCCGCCGCGACCACGGCGCACCGGGCGCCGCCUCCCGCCGCCGAGCCUCCCGCUCAGCAGGGGGCGCGGAAACCCGCCGAGGCUGAGGAGGAACCGCCGAAAAUCGUCAAAGCGACAAAGGGGAAGAGGACCCGCGCCGCCGCGAGGGGUUCCGCGGUGAAGAAAGCGAAGAAACCGUCCAAGGAGUCCAAGUCGACGUCGCCCGACAGAUCCGACGACGGCAUCGGCGGCGGCGGCAGCGGCGAGGACGGGAGCGGCAGCGGGGGCAGGGGCGGGCGCGGCGCUUCCAACAGCGGCGGGUCGGGGGGCUCGGGUGGCGGCUCGGGGCAAGGGCCGGGCGGAUCCGGCGGUUCGGGCGGUUCCGGGGGCUCGGGUCGGAGCAAGACGGCGGGCAAGACGACGCGUAAGCGCCGAUCGUGA